GAGAGAGACCAUAGUUAAAAAGGGAGCUGUUUUCGGGAUUCUGUAACGGCGUUCUCUCAUUUCCCGGACUUUAGAGAGAGAAACAAGAGAGAGAGAGUGGGAGGGACUCAUUGCGUGUUUAGAGAGAGAGAGAGUGGGAGGCAAAAGACUGGUUUUCCGACCUUGAAGUGGGUAUUGUAACGCUUGCGUAGCGGUUUCGCGGUUUCCGAUUCCGUUGGUGUGAAAUUGAAGAGUCCGGAGGUUUUUUUUUUUUUUUUUUUUUUUUUCUUGUGAAUCGUUUCAACGGUUAAUUGGGUGGAUAUUCAUUGUUUGUAUCAUUAAUAUCAUUGUGAAUAUGCAAGUUUAUGUAUAUAAAUGCGGUGAAAUUGGUGUGCUGAAAGAGGAAUCUGAGCUUUGAUUGAUGAUUUAAAGGUUGUGUUUCUUUCAAAUUCAACGUGUGCUUUAAUGAUGCUGAACCAAGGGUCAAUUUCGCAGUCUAAUUUAUCAGGUAAUGGAGGGGAUGAUCUGUAUAUGGAGCUAUGGAAGGCAUGUGCUGGUCCAUUGGUGGACAUGCCAAGGAAUGGAGAGAAAGUUUUGUAUUUUCCACAAGGUCACAUGGAACAAUUAGAGGCAUCAACAAAUCAGGAACUGGGUCAGAGGAUUCCACUGUUCAAUCUUCCCUCCAAGAUCCUUUGUCGUGUUGUGAACAUUCUGCUUCUGGCUGAACAAGACACUGAUGAAGUUUAUGCUCAAAUUACAUUAUUGCCUGAGUCAGAUCAAUCUGAACCAACAAGUCCUGAUUCAUGUCAUCCUGAACCUCCAAGACCGAAGGUUCACUCAUUCUACAAGGUUUUGACUGCCUCCGAUACAAGCACCCAUGGUGGGUUUUCCGUCCUCAGGAAGCAUGCUAAUGAAUGCCUCCCUCAGCUGGAUAUGACUCAACCGAUACCUACUCAGGAAUUGAUAGCCAAAGAUCUUCAUGGUUUUGAAUGGCGAUUUAAGCAUAUCUUUCGAGGCCAACCACGGAGGCAUUUGCUUACCACAGGAUGGAGUACAUUUGUUACUUCUAAAAGAUUAGUUGCUGGGGAUUCUUUUGUAUUUCUGAGGGGGGAAAAUGGAGAAUUACGUGUUGGAGUCAGACGGGUCUCUCAGCACCAGAGCUCCAUGCCAUCGUCAGUGAUUUCAAGUCAGAGCAUGCACCUAGGAGUGCUUGCAACUGCCUCUCAUGCCGUUGCGACCCAAACUCUAUUUGUUGUCUGCUACAAGCCAAGGACGACUCAGUUCAUCAUCGGUUUGAACAAAUAUCUGGAAGCUGUUAAUAAUGAGAUUUCAAUUGGCAUGAGAUUCAAGAUGAGAUUUGAGGGGGAGGAUCCUCCCGAGAGAAGGUUUUCAGGCACAAUAGUUGGGGCUGAAGGUAUUUCCCCCCAGUGGAAAGAUUCCAAAUGGAGAUCACUGAAGGUUCAAUGGGACGAACCUGCAUCCAUCAUGAGACCCGAGUGGGUUUCCCCUUGGGAGAUAGAACCUUCUGUUGCGUCAGUCCCUGCAAGCUUAGUUCAACCAGUGAUUGUAAAGAAUAAAAGGCCCCGACCACCAAGUGAAAUCCCACUUCAUGAAACUGCAUCAGCUGUCUGGAAUCCUUCUCAUGAUGCUACCCUAUUAAGGGUUACUCCUGAAGGGCAAAUGAGUGAAAAUAAUCUCACUUGGCAUCCUAUGCAAACAGAAAUCUGUGGCACUCCUAAAAAUAGUAGCAGCAACCGUAUAUCAAGGACACAUUUGGAGGGAAGCUGGCUAUCAUCGCCCUGUGCAAAUGUUUCUCAGAAUCUCUUUGUGGAUGAAUCAGAAGAAAGGAAAAGUUCUGCAGCUUGGUUGGUUCUUUCAGGUUGUACAACAUCUCGCUCUGCAGAGCAGAGCAAUGACCCCACACCAGCCCCAAUUGAUGGGAAGAAUUCCGAGACUGUUGCAAGUUGUAGAUUGUUUGGUGUUGAUCUGAAAAUUCCCUCAAUGAGUGCCCUUCUUGAUGAGAAGGCACCUGUACAACCAGUCGUGUACAGACAUGCGUCCAAUGGCACCAUUGACAGACGUGCGUCCAAUGGCACCAUUGACAGACAUGUACAGAGUGCAAGGCUGGCUGCUGAUUCAGACCAGAAUUCUGACCUUUCAAAGGCUUCCAGAGAACCGAAGCAAAGACAGUUGCAGGUAUCACCGAAGGAGGUUCAAAGCAAACAGAGUUGCUCUACCAGAAGUUGUACUAAGGUUCAAAUGCAGGGGGUUGCAGUGGGCCGAGCGGUGGACUUGACCACAUUGAAGGGGUACGACGAGCUUAUAGAUGAAUUGGAAGAUAUGUUCGAAAUCAAAGGGCAGCUUUGGCCUCGGAAUAUAUGGGAAAUUGUUUUCACAGACGAUGAAGGGGAUAGGAUGCUCAUGGGUGAUGAUCCAUGGCAGGAAUUCUGUAACAUGGUGAGAAGAAUCUUCAUUUGUUCAAGCCAAGAUGUGAAGAAAAUGAGUGCAGGAAGCAAACUUCCUACAUCUUCGGCAGACGUGGAUGGGAUUGUUGUUAACCUGGACUCUGCUGAAACCUGAACAAAAAAGAUUUCCCAUUUCUUCUGUUUUCCUUUUCUGUUGUUGUUGUUAUUCUUUGGAAGGGAUUAGGGGGUUUGGGUAGUUGGAUUAGGGUUUUUGAAUUGGGUUGUGAUCUCAUCUAGGAUGUUUGCCUUGGGAUGUAGUAGGCAAGGACACAGAGUUGGAUUGGCAGCUCAGUUUUGAGAGCUUAUUAACUGGUGUUUGAAUAACGGAUAGACUAGUAGUAGUAGUGUUAAGGAAAUUAGUGAAUGGGUAGAAUUAGAAUCUGUGUAUAUUAAAAAGGUAUUUCUGGUGGCUGUGGUUGGAGUAGUUUUUGUUUCCUGUGUAUGUAUUUGUGCUUUGGAAAUUUAGACUUUCUUUAGUCUGUAAUGAGUGGAAAUUUGUGAGCCUUGCUUUA